AUGACGAGUUCUGGAAGCCGAAGUAGUGGUUUGCCAAAUGAAUCCUCUUCUACGGCUGAGGAGGACUUUGGAGUUGGGACAGAAAACUACUCUCUAUGGUACAGGUCCAUGAAAAUUGCUCUCUUGGGACGCAAUAAUCUUGGUAUUGUGGAUGGAGCUUGGAAGAAAGAGCGAUUUCAUGAAAAAUACUGGUAUCAAUGGGAGAGGUGUAAUGCAAUUGUACUUUCUUGGUUGAUGAAUUCAGUUUCACUAAAUCUGGUUAGUGGCAUAGCCUAUGCUUCAGAUGCACACGCAGUAUGGACUGAGUUGAAAGAGAGAUUUGAUAAGGUUGAUGGCUCUCGUUCGUUCAACCUUCACAGAGAAAUUGCUACGUUGGUUCAAGGCGCUUCUUCAAUCUCUGUGUAUUUCUCAAAACUAAAGGAUCUUUGGAAUGAAGUUGAAGCAUUGGUUCCAUUACCUAGUUGUAAUUGCAAUAAGUCAAAGCAUUUCUUGGAUCAUGUGCAAAGGCAAAAGUUGUACCAAUUUUUGAUGGGGUUAAAUGAUUCUUACAUUCAAGCAAGAAGUCAAAUCUUACUCAUGACUCCUUUGCCGACUAUAAAUCAAGCUUACUCAAUGUUGAUGAGUGAUGAAAGCCAAAAGGGCUUGACUACUACCUCAGGAAUUCUUGGAACCUCUCCUGCAAUGCCUACUGGAAAUUAUGAGGCCACAACACUGUACAAUUCUAGGCCUAACAAUGUCCAAAAAUUCAAGAAACAAUAUACUAUACAGUGUGAUUUCUGUAAAAUGAAAGGGCAUACUAAAGACAAUUGCUACAAGAUUGUAGGGUACAUAAUGAUAGGUUCAAAAAGAAGGCUGGAGGGUUCAAUGUUGGUACUGGUGCAUCUCAAGGAUUCAUUCCUGGUUCUCAUUAAGGUGCCUUUCUUCUUUAUAAGAGAUAAAUAUGAUCAGAUUGUAACUAUGCUGAACAACAUGCCUCAUGCCACUCCUAUUGCCAACACAGCAGGUAUGAAUACCAUUUUAGGUUCUGUAAACCAUCAAAAAGAGUGGAUAAUUGAUACAGGAGCUACCAACCAUAUGGUAGAAGAUCCUGAUCUUCUCACUAGCCUCACCAAACUAGACUCUAACAAGUCCAAAAAGGUGUUUUUACCUACUAGUGAUGCAGCUUAUGUCACUCAUGUGGCACAAGAUCUCUUCAAUGGGAAGGUGAAGGGGAUUGGUAGACAAGAGCAUGGCCUAUACCUGUUGCCUUCUUUCAGUAUCAAAUCAGUACAUGCUGCAAAUUCUUGUUCCUUAAAAUCUAAAGAUAGUCUAGUUGAUGUCAAUCUUUGGCACAUAAGACUUGGUCAUAGUUCAUUCAAAUUUAUAGCUUAUGUUAAAAGACAGUUUAACAAAUGUGUUAAAGUUAUUAGGAGUGAUAAUGGUACAGAGUUUAUAAACUCAGUAUGUGACUCUGUGUUUAAGUCCAAAGGUAUCAUUCAUCAGACUUCAUGUGCUUAUAACCCUCAGCAAAAUGGUGUUGCUGAGAGGAAGCACAAACACAUUUUAGAAGUCUGCAGAGCAAUCAGACUUCAAGGUUAUAUACCCUUGAAAUUUUGGGGCCAUUGUGUCCUAGCUGCUGCAUAUCUUAUUAAUAGGAUGCCUACACCUGUCCUUAAAGAUAAAUCUCCAUUUGAAAUUUUAUAUGGUAGAAAACCAUCUCUAGAACAUCUCAGAGUAUUAGGAUGCUUAGUAUUUGCUAAAAAUGUUCAUGAAACUGACAAGCUCAAAGCUAGAGCUAUAAAAGCCAUUCAUAUGGGAUAUUUUCCAACCCAAAAGGGCUAUAUACUUUAUGAUCUUGCUCAUGAUGUUUUCUUUGUUAACAAAGAUGUUGAAUUUAGAGAGACUAUUUUUCCUUUUCAAGAGAUCACCACCAAAUCAACACCUUUCUUGGAUGCAUUCUCUAAUAAUUUGUUAGCAGUUGAAUCAAGUCAGUUCAUAUCUAGUGAGCAGCCACCUGAACAAGUUCCUGGACUUGAUGUAUCUAUGACUGUUGAUGUCACACAAACUACUACAACUAGCUCUACUCAUCCACAACCUUUCACUGAACAGAGAAGAUCAACUAGAUCCAAGGCACCACCUCUGUGGUUAAAAGACUUUAUUACAGCUAAGAAAUCUACUACAACUCCUACUUAUGGUCUGUCAAAUUACAUAAGUUAUGAUCAUCUAUCAACCAACUAUCAAGCAUUUAUUGCUAGCAAUUCAGUAGAGGUGGAACCUACUUCAUAUGCUGAUACUAUUAAAGAUCCCAGAUAG